AUCACUGGUACGUUACGUUUUAUUUAUUCGAUGAGAGAAGGAUUGCCACAAAGCUGUCUCAAAGGUCUACCUCUCAGGAACGGUGAGCUUUUCGUUCUGUUAUAUAGGCUACAUAUUGAGUCGCAGCCGUCUUCAAUAUCUAAUUUCAAACAAGCCUCCGCGCUUCGUGCGUGCCUGAAGCUUUUCAUCGUUUUAACUUGAAGGUCCAACUUUUCUAGAGGAGCAAGUUGUUGACUUUGUGAAAUGCAGUUGUCGGAUGAGAAAUAGCUGAUGGCAGCACGUCCCGUUGGAACAAGCACGCGUGAAAUAGGGGUUGUUGCGUAAUACCGUGCGCAAACGUGAGCUGUAAUUUUUUGGUAAAACAUUUGGCCCAAAGAAACCGGACGGUUCAGUGUUUUGGACUCUGGAGUUUAACAUGAAUUAAACUUGGAUAAAAUACAAAGAAUGCAUUUGGGCGAAGUGAUUGAGCUCCGUGACCUUCGGCUGGACACAGACCCGAUAGAGCUGACCAGCCCAUGGGUUCCUCGGUCACCUUCACGACUGGAGAGGACCAAUGCGCUUAGAAUCAGCCCAGGAAAGGUGCCAGAACUACUUAGCCGAGCGGGCAUUAUCCGGAUUCUUGGUGAAUCCCAGGAUCCUCGGCUGAAGGAGGAGUUGGGUGAGGGGCACAACUUCCAGCCCUGCAGUCACGCUCAGCCCACUUGGUGUGACCUGUGCGGAGAUUUCAUUUGGGGACUUUACAAGCAGAGCCUGCGCUGUGCCAACUGUAGGUUCACGUGUCACCGACGCUGCCGCACCCACAUCCAGUUGGACUGCAGCUGGGACCAGGGGGGCACGCGCCGCUCGCCCACUCUGGUGGAGCACACCAUAGAAGAGAACGACACAAAUGUGGAUGAACCGGUUGAAUCGAGGAAACAGGAAUGGUCCGUUGCAGAGGUUCAGCACAAGGUGAAGGAGUACAAUUCUCUGAUCCACAGCAACCUGUUCAUGAACACAAACCGAGAUGGUUCCUACACCGGCUUCGUGAAGGUGCAGUUCAAGCUGGCUCGCCCCGUCUCGGUCCCACCCCCCAGAAAGGGGCCUGCGAGACAGGAAGCCGGAGGGAAGAAAGCCACUGGAGUCAAGCGCCGCACAUCCUUCUACCUGCCCAAGGACACGUGCAAGCAUCUGCACAUCAGCUCCCACACGUCUGCCCGCGAAGUCAUCGAGGCUCUGCUGAAGAAGUUCACGGUGGUGGACAACCCUGCCAAGUUCGCCCUGUUUGAGCGCAGGGAACGUCACGAGCAAGUGUACCUCCGCAAGAUAUCGGACGACGAGCGUCCGCUCCGCCUGCGCCUGGCGACCGGACCUGACGAGAAGCUGCUCAGCUUCGUGCUGAAGGAGAACGAGACCGGAGAGGUCAAUUGGCACGCCUUCUCCAUGCCGGAGCUGAAGAACUUCCUGCGUAUCCUGCAACGAGAGGAGGAGGAGCACGUGAAGCAAAUCAUGCAGCGCUACACUUUAGCGAGGACCAGGCUGCAGGAGGCCCUGCCGGGUUCCAGCCCGGGAUGAGAGAGGCAUGUUGGGCCACGAGGCAUCCCUGGGAACCCGAACCUACGCAUCCCUCUGUAAGAGGAGAAUGAAUGAGAGCAUGGAGGCCGCAUAAGCUAGAGCUAGCGCGAAUGUGCGUGUGAAAUGCUGCGAGAGAGAGAGAGAAAGAAAAAGUGUCUUACACCCGGCGCGAGUCUGAUGUGUGUGUGAAAUGCUGCGAGAGAGAAAGAGAGUGUCUUACACCUGGCGCGAAUCUGAUGUGCCUGGGAGAAUGAGAGAUGAAAACAUGAGAAACUGACUGAAGUUUGGUUUUUAAACCAGUAAUGUCUUCCGAUAUUGGGUGCGGCCGGAUAAUCCAAAAUACCUAGGCUCUGACUUAUUAACUUUGUAUAGGAUGUCGCCGGUGGGAUUUUAUUUAAAUGGUAAAAUUCCCUGCGACCCUUCGUUGAUUCAGUGCUGUAAUUCCUUCAAAUGUGUAGUUCACAUCUAACAUUGAAAUGCAUUUUACCAGAUGUAUUCGAAAGAUGCAGCUGCUAUCAAAAGCAGGAAUAUAUUGAGUGGUUCUAUCAAUUUGCUUUCAUUUGACAAAUUGGCAGAUUUAGAACUCCAUUCAGGUUUCUGUGAAGCAAGGUACAGCUUGAGCUGAAAGGUAUAUGGAUUUUCACCUGACCCAAGCCAGUUUUUCAUUAAUUUCCGGCACACCACACACUUUAGUGGGUGUUACUUUUUACUGUCCCUUACUGAGUGAGUAUGACUGACAUGUGGACAUUGGUAUGGACAUUGUUAUUGUGAAAAAGAAGUGUCAAAAAGGCUUUGUUUGACUGGAAUAUGUCUGAAUGUUUUAUAAAUGUUUGUCUGAAAA